UAACAUACCUGUUGCGAUGGCACAUUUUAAGUUUCUAGCAAACUGGAUGUUCAUAUUUCUAUGUAUUGCAGUAACAUCUGGUGCUAGUACAGCUCCCUAUCUACCACCACAAAAGGAAGAUGUGGCGCACUGGAACAAUCUGGGUCAGGAUGAGCUGAAAGCCACUCUUGAGUAUACCCCGAACACGAACGUCGCCCGGAACGUGAUCCUGUUCGUGGGGGACGGGAUGGGCGUGACCACCCUUACCGGGUCGCGGAUCCUGAAAGGACAGCUAAAACAGCGAUCCGGCGAAGAGGAGCAACUCUCGUUUGAAAAGUUUCCCUAUUCCGCCAUGAUUAAAGUAUACAACACCGACGCCCAGGUGCCCGACUCGGCGGGGACUGCCACAGCUUUUCUCUCGGGGGUCAAGACGCGCAGAGGAAGGAUCGGGGUGGGGCCGGGAGUUCCGGAUAACAACUGCACUGCGGCCCAAAGAGAACAGCUCUCCACCAUCCUCGACUGGUCACGAGCGGAAGGUAAAUCGGUGGGCAUAGUAACUACAACUCGACUUACUCAUGCUACACCAGCUGCAGCCUACGCCCAUGUGCCUAACAGGUACUGGGAGGGUGACGCGAGCAUAGGACCGGCCGGGGUUGGGUGUCGGGACAUUGCGUUACAACUGGUGGAGGACAACCCAGACAUACAGGUGUUAUUAGGAGGAGGUCGCCGAUACUUCAUCCCUAACGACGAGCCGGAUCCAGUCACAGGUGUCGUGGACAAGAAUAAUGGUCGACGUGACUCUCGCAACCUGAUUGAGGAAUGGAAAGCAGACAAAGCCAAGCGUAAAAAGGCUCGCCGUGUUGUUUUCAAUCAGCGGGAUUUAAAUUUGGUGGACACCAGACAUAAGGACUAUCUUUUAGGCUUAUUUAACCCGUCCUAUAUGAAUUACGCAUCGCAGAGACCAACUACGGGUCCCACGGCUGAGCCGUCCAUUGCAAAAAUGACACAAAAGGCUAUUGAGGUCCUACAGAAAAACCCCAAGGGUUACUUUCUGUUGGUUGAAGGUGGGCGGAUAGACCACGGGCACCAUGCCGGGCGAGCUCGUAGGGCCUUUUCCGAAACUCUGGCUUUUGACGAGGCUGUGGAAAAAGCCGUUGAAAUGACAAAUCAAAACGAAACUCUGAUUGUCGUGACAGCUGAUCACUCCCACACGCUGGCGAUGGGCGGAUUUCCCGGCAGAGGAAACCCCAUAUUUGGUUUGGACUUCUUCAAAGCCUCUGACGGAAAACCAAUGACAACCUUGCUGUAUGGCUUCGGACCGGGUCACAAGUCACCUCGUGAAGAUCUGACCAACGUGGACACAGCUUCGGACAUGUAUCGCCAGCAGAGUGCUGUCCCCUUGGGCUCUGGCACACAUGGAAUGGAGGAUGUAACGGCGCACGCCAUUGGUCCGAUGUCUCAUUUAUUUCGUGGGGUCAAAGAGCAAAACUAUUUGGCACAUGCAAUGGCGUAUGCUUCCUGCGUUGGCCAGAACAAAGCUCAUUGUAAGCCAACAGACUGAUAAUGGUGUGAUUCGGGAAGAUGGCCACCAUUAAGGAACCGGGAAGACUCCAGUCUGACGUAGGCCUACAGAAGACACUAUAUUCACGUACCUAUACUAAGGACACCUCAGAAAGCCUUAUCUUGAAAAUAGGCGUCCACUGAAGCAUGCUGUGCUGUCACGAUCUUAAUCACAUUAGUAGGAGGAGUAUUAGAGGCUGCAGUAUAAUUGAAUCUUCUUCCAGUUUCGGACGUGGAUCGUAGCUUCCAGCAGAUCUGAAGGCACUAUAUUCACGGUUUAAACCUGAAAAAAAAAUGGCAGAAACGUCACCACAGAUUUACAUAUUAGACUGUCCACCAAAGAGAAUAUAUAUUACGAUAUUACUGAAUGACAAUUAAAUCUUAAGGUUUGUUUCCGUGAUCAAUAGCAUGGUAACAGUCCUUAUCAAUUACACAUACAUACAUGUAUAUGAUAAUGCAGGGAUUGUGUGAAGGUAAAAUUAGUAUUUCAGGAUUUGUUAUUGUUAACUAUUAUCCAGUAGGCCUAGAAUAUUCUGACCAUGACGGACAAAACUGAUGUCACGUGACACAAACUGUAAUACCCCUACCUCCAAUCAUAGCCAUUAUAACAGCCUUUAGGGUUCAGUUUAUUGAGCCCAUUCUUUUGUUAAACAGUAAUAAAACAUGGAGCUACCUCACGUUACAAAUAAACCUCGAAUUUUCUCCUCUGCGACAAGUUACUACAUGUGAUUUACCCCAAUAAAAAGACGCUUGUAGCUUACCCUCCCCCCUUCUCCCCCCGGGGUCACUAGGUCGGAUUUCCCAUAAUUUCCGGUCGUACCUUAUAUCUACAGUUUCUGUGAAUGAAGUAUUCAAAGUAUUAAAACAAUGUUUAUAUUUUUUAUAUGUAUGUGUCCAAAUUGCAAACGGAUGCUCAUGUACACGUUUUUAUGUAAUUAUUGUGAUUAUACAAAUAUAGUGAAUCGCAUUUAUAACAUUAUCAAAAGAACUUGGAAUGAAUGGAAUAUCAUUAUAUUAUAACUGCUGUAAUGUUGCAGUGGAUAUUAACAUUAGGAUAAGAUUAAAUGUACAGCUUUGAAAGUCGUUUUAGCGGAUAUUCUUUGUAAUGAUUUCUAUAUAUAGUGGUAUAAAUGAUAUGUCUCAUUUAAAGCUACACUUUACGCAAACGUAAAUGGUGUAAUCCGAUAAGGAUGUCUUGCUUUGAUUACUUGUGCCCAUGAAUGUGAUGCAAAGACCAAUUUUACUAGAUAUUUUCAUGUUUACAGAUUAUUUACCUGUAUAUUUUCUGGUGUAAAGCACUUAUCCAGUAUCGUUUAUAUGGACAGUUCGGUAUAUAUAGGCCAACUUUGGUGUAUAUUAUAAGUGAAUAUCGGACCGGCAGUUGUCUUACUGCUGAAAGUGUUAUAAAUGCGAUAACAUGAUAAUCGUACACAAAAAUGGUCAUUUGUGAUGUUAUUGUUGAAAUAAUUAAAAGUUAA